UUCAGUUUAACUUACCACUGACGGAGUAUCUUCCUUCAUAUAUCCCUUACCUCUCUCUCAUGUACUUUUCAUUCAUCAAUAAUUCUCUCUUCUUCUUCUUUAAAUCUCAUCUUUCCGUACACUUUUCAGUUUCAUUCAUCUAAUCAUGGUGCAGUCGAAGAAGUUUAGAGGUGUCAGGCAGCGACACUGGGGUUCCUGGGUGUCUGAAAUUCGCCAUCCUUUAUUGAAGAAAAGGGUGUGGCUAGGGACAUUCGAAACAGCCGAAGAAGCAGCUCGAGCAUACGACCAAGCGGCCAUCUUAAUGAGUGGAAGGAAUGCAAAAACCAACUUCCCAAGUGGAGGAGAUCACCCAAAAGGCACAGAAAACACACAUUCAACACCACCCAAUGAGCUGUCGGAGUUCCUACAUGCCAAGCUCAGAAAAUGCAGCAAGACACCAUCUCCUUCCAUGACUUGUCUGAGGCUCGACACCGAGAAUUCGCACAUAGGAGUGUGGCAAAAAAGGGCAGGCCAGAGCUCGGGUUCCAAUUGGGUGAUGACUGUUGAGCUUGGAAAAGGAAAUGCUGCUGUGCCACCCCCUUCCAAUACCUCAGGGGCUGAACCCAGAACAGACAUGGAUGAAGAAGAAAGAGUUGCACUGCAAAUGAUCGAAGAACUGCUUAACAAGGAACUGUUGUUCGUUUGAUGUGAACAAGGAGAGGGUAACUUGUUCAAGUAAUCUUUAAU